UUUUAAGUAAGCAGAUGCGUAGCUACCUUAGAGCGAGUAUGUAGUCUAAAGACGAGGGAGUCUUGACUCACUCUAUUUGAUCAAAGAUGGUGAAGAUUGAACCAGUCCCGAGUAAUUUCUCGUGUGGUGCGAUAAAUCUGAAUUUUACGCACGCCUUCUUACCCACGGUAUUCAUCCUGGUCUUCAUCUUCGGGACGGUUUUCAAUGUCUGGGGUCUCCGGGGCGUGUACAAGGGCUGGAAGAAGAUGGGAAACAUAAACGUGUUUGUGCUGAACCUCGGAAUAGCGGACUUGUUGUAUGUUUUCACGCUGCCCUUUUUGAUCCACUAUUACGCGCAAAAGAGCAAAUGGACUUUUGGAGCCGCCUUCUGUAAAGUGACCAGAUUCUGCUUCAACCUCAACCUGUACGGCAGCAUCGGCUUCCUCACGUGUAUCAGUAUCUACAGAUACCUGGGCAUCGUCCACCCCAUGAGGGUCAUGGGGAAGAUCAGCACCAGACACUCCGUAGUAAUCAGCGCCGUGGUUUGGACUCUGGUUCUCAUCCAAAUCCUCCCAGAUAUGUCCUUUGAAAAAACUCCGAGCAAUUCCUCCCAGUCGUGCUACGAUACCACGGAGGACAGCCGGAUCGACGGAUACCUGUCGUACAGCCUAGGCUGGAGCAUCACGGGGUUCGCCGUCCCGCUGCUCAUCAUCCUGGCCUGCUACGGCCACGUGGUGGUUGUCCUCGCCACGAACGCCAACGUGAACGCACUGCUGAAGCAACGGUGUCUGAAGCUGGUGAUCAUCCUGACCAUUCUGUUCGCCAUCUGCUUCAUCCCUUACCACGUGUUCCGUUAUCUCAACCUGCAGAGCAGGAGAUCAAAGCUUCAAGGGGUCUGUCACGCCAACUUCAGGAGCAUCUACAUCGCCCACCAGGUGGGCCGGGGUCUGGCCUGCCUCAACAGCGCCCUGAACCCUCUCAUGUACUUAGUGGCAAAUGAUGAUUUUCUGAUGCAUUUACAUAAUCUGAACCAACAAGCCAGACUGUCUCUGGCCGGUUGGAAGACCGCCGUCCUUUACCGCAAAACCUCGAGGAUGGAAGAGUCUUGAGACUGGAGAACUUACAAACUACAACCAUACAUUUUUUGCAUUUCUGUAUCUCAAACUCUUUUCCCUGUCUUUUCUGGCCUUAAAGCAUUUAUCAUGGUCGAGUAUGUGCUGUUUACAAUCUAGUUCAUGAUAAUAUAUGUGCUUAAGGAGAUACUUUGCGUAAAUAAAUCAGUGCCUUGGGACAUAACUAAUGGAUGUCCCUCAAAAACCAUUUGGAAUAAAAGCUUCAAAUGUACUACCACAGAUUUGAUACUGCUCUAAAUUGUGUCAUACACAAACACAAGUUGUCUGGCAGUCAGGCCAUGCAUAGAUCGAACUCUGAUUUAUGUGUAUUACUGCUGUAACUGAAGGCUAAUAUUUGUACUUAAGCUUGUCCCCUGGUCCUAACACUGCUUAAUGUACUCAAUGUUCAUGUAAGUUAUCCUUUGUAUAUAUGUGUACGACUGUAAAUCUACACCUUGCCAUGCUAUAGCUUGUCAAGCUGUGUGUAUAAAGCAAAACCAUUCGCCUAAUCUGGCUCAUGGUGUGAUAAGUUUGUGUGUUCAUCGCACCUGGCCCCGCGCUGAUGAUGAAGAGUUAAAGUGACCUUAAAGUUAGCUUUCAGAAAGGGCCUGAAAUGUGCUUUUGUGUGUGUUCAUGAAUAAAAGCAUGUCUUUUGUAACCACGUGUGUGUAAGAGUGUGUUAUGACUGUUCUCAGAGGAAGGGUGUUGGUGAGGAAACAACAGGAACCACAAACUCAGCUCCAACAACGGUCUGGCCUUGAGUCGGUAAGAAAAUAAUCCACAAUGAAACAUUGUUGUAAAACUAAAAAACGAUUCGGUUAAUAUUAAUAUACAUUUUCUGCCAAAUGCAUGACUAAGAAAUAAUUUUGAAACUAUUCAAAACUAAUCCAAGAAUAAGUCAACAGUGUCAACAGUAGUAUUGCUAAGGUAUCGCUUCUGUUUUUAGUUUCAGGGUGAAACUGGGUUUCACCCUCAACGCACUGUACUGUGUGUCCUGUGUGUUCCUCCAGAGCUUCACACCACGCUGCUGAACCGUACAGAGUCCCUGAGCACUUUAUGAUGUGUGUUCUUGUUUGAUGAAUGUAGGAUGUGUAGUUCCCCCCCUGGUCUAGUCAACAUUCACUGGCUGGGUGUGAAACACUUCCAGUAACCGUCUCUUGUCUUGUUAUCUGAGGAUAUGGCACUGCUCCAAGCAGCAGGUUGGGAUCCGUUGGAUUUAGGCAGAACUCAGGUGCGUGCUUCCCUGGAGCACCUCCAAAAUUGCUGAUUCAAAUCUCAAGGACCAACUUCAAUCCAUCGAGGGGGGAAUCUAAAGGGGUCCUCCUGGAGACGUCUCAGUCUCUUUGGGAUCCUAUUGUGAUAAGAGGUGGUAGCAGGUGUGUUUAUGAACAUCACUCCAAUGGCUUGCAGAUCCAAACCGUGUCGUCUGUGUGAUGUCACUCCGUUGGUAGUGACAUCACACACAGUGGCCAAGCCUCCACAUGAAAGGGAAAAGGGAUUACGGAUUGACCGUACUUACAGUACACUUACUGUACAGUAAGUAUAGGAAGUGUAUCACGUAUAUAUACUAUUAUAUACUGAAUGGAAGUCGGUUGGUAUAAAUGCAACAUUAUGUACAGAGUCAUUCAUUGUCUAACAGUAUGCCAACUUAGUCUGUUCAUUAUAGUACAUUAAUUAACUUGAUGGCAAUGUAAAUAACAGUAACAUUAGAUUACCCCAUUUUAAUAUAAUAAGUAGUGUUCAUGUAACAAGCGGUGAAUUUGAUACCAUAAAUGGGGUUAGCAUGACUCCUGUCUCUCUAUCCUGGCAGCCAUCCUUUUUCUUUCUUGUCUUCUUGCGGUUGGUGUGUUUGGAUGUGUAAAUCCUUCCUGGGUCCGCUGGAUUAGGAGCAUAGCCUGUUCCGCCACUGUCACUCAACAUUGAAAUCCUGCUGCAUGACUGUGAGGCACAGGGAUGACUGCCUCGCCGCGGAGUUCAUUUGUUUUGCUGACUGCAGAGAGGUGGGAAAGGAGGACCAUGUGACCAAACAGCCUGUGUCAGGGAUGGCUGCCGCAAUAUAGAUUAUCUAUCACCAAUUAACAUUUAUUUUCACAUACAAAUAUUGCCUACAGCCCCUUUAACACACAUUGAAGUAUGUAAUUAAGAGAAUGGGCUAUUAGACAUUGUCUAUUGCUUCAGUCUAGACAGGUCAAGGUAUGUUUGGUUGUUCUAUUGAAUUAGGCAGCUAAAGGAUUAUUUAGACUAAAUUGAUUAAAUAGACUCAAGGAAGGAAAACGAUGCGCCUUGGGAUACAAUAGUUUUGGUUAUGAAAUUAUUGAGUUUACCUUCCUGUUAUCUAGAAAAACGCUGGACCUACAGUCAUGGGCGGGGUCAUCUGGGGUCAUACGGGGGUCAGCGUCCUGGAGGAAGACCAGGUGAGUUUCCCCAUGUUUUCCACAUGGAUCCACAUGGGCUUUUGCAAGUGAUAAAUGUGUACCAGGUACCCUGCAUGAGUUGCCUUAACUUUUCUGAGAUUAUUCUCAGGUUGAGUAAAGCAAAAGAGUUGCCUUUCCCCGAGUUCUGACCAGCUCCUUGAAACGGCCACGGUCUGGCACAUCUGGAAAUUGAUGUUCUCAAAUAUUUUGUUAACAAGAAUGUUAACACACACUGCUCUCAGCAAAGGCUGGGCCACUGCAAAUAUACAAACAAAGGGAGGAUGAGCGCACCGUAGAGGCAUGCUACAUCCUCGACCUUAUCCGCACUACACCCAGCGCUCACGCAAGACCUCUUCUCUUUUUGUGAUGGUUGGCGUCGCUAUAGUUACUACAUCAUUGUCACUAACAUGACAUGUUGGAGGAAAAUAUCACAAUUCUGUCAUAAGGUUUUGUAUAAAUAAAGUGCCUCUCGUCUUCCUCCAUUGAACACAGUGUCUCUCGUCUUCCUCCAUUGAACACAAGUCAGCCUUCCGUUUAAUCCGCAAUGUUAAUUUUAUUCAAAGAAAGGUUAGCUUUAGCCAACAGAAAAAGAAAAGAGUUCUGGCUCCCUGAGCCCCGGCCCAGCGCUCCUUUAGUGUCCAGCGCUCUUUAGUGUUGUCUCACUCCCGCCUCGAGGGGUUAAUCCCGGUGUU